AUGCCAUUACUGACGAGCGAAAUGAAUAUGGGAAUGGCCUUGAAAAAGGCGAAGAUCACACCCCACUUGGUCGCAGAAAGCUUUUUGCCUACAACAAUGAUGGAAAUAAAGUAUGCAAAUGACCAAGAUGUAGCGUUAGGAAACGAAUUGAGUUUGCAAGAUACAGCCAAUCCACCUGACAUCUUCUUCCUCCCCGCGGACGAGUCUGGUUUCUAUACACUGAUGCUGAUUGAUCCUGAUGCACCAUCAGCUCAAGAUAAUAGCAGCAGCCCGUUCCGACACUGGAUUGUCACUAAUGUGCCAGGAUCCUCUUCACAAAUCAAUGGAACGACAGCACAGCAACUCUCAUCUUAUUACAAGCCAGCACCACCGGCUGGCACUGGCCCACAUCGUUACAUUUUCCUCCUGUACAAGCAAGAACAAGGCGAAUUUAAGGAUGAUGCUGUUCAAGUCGCGGAAUCACGCGCGCAGUUUGAUUUCCAGCAAUUUGCUCGCGAACAUCAACUUUCUCUAGUUGGAGUCAACUUUUUCAAAGCUUCUUCGCACAACUGA